AUUUUAAUUCAGCAACAGUAACUUGUCUGAUCAACAAUGAGAAGCCUUCUGGUGUUGUGUGGGCUCGCAGCCCUCGUGGCUGUCGUAUCCUCCAGGGAGAUACGGGAGAAGAGGGACGCUGAUCUAGAAGUAGCGGCUUCCCAUCACCACGGGCAUCACCAUGGUCAUCACGAGGGCGGUGGUCACGAGGGGCAUGAAGGCCAUCACCACGACCACGACCAUCACGACCACAAGGGACACAAGGGACACCACGAGCACCACCACGGACACCACGGCCACCACGACCAUCACGGCCACAAGGGACAUCACGGUGAGCACGGCGGCCACAAGAAGCACCAUCACCACGACGAAGGCCACCAUCACCACCACGGCCACGGAGAGAAGGGUCACCACGGUCACGGACACGACGAGCACGGCCACUGGCACAAGGGCCACGACACGAAGGGCCAUCACGGCAUCGAGCACCACGACGAAUUCAAGAAGGAUAAGCAUUUCCACGACCACCACGGAGAGAAGGGACACCAUUCCCACCACGGCGGUCACCAUCAUGAGGGCGGUCACAAGAAGGGCGGUCACUUCCACCACGGCCACAAACACCACGGCCACCACGACCAUGACCACGGCAAACACCACCACCACGAAGAUGGCGGCCACCACCACCACCACAAGGGACACCACGGAGAUCACGGCCACCAUGAGCAUCACCACCACCAUCAUGACCAUGGCAAGAAGGGCGAUCACGGUCACCACAAGCAUUGGCACCACAAGGGACACUAAGCCAGUACCAAACAUAAUGUUAAUCGUUGAAUUUGUUAAUUUAUGUUUUGUUAUGUUUUUGUUACCAGAAAUAAAAAGUUUUUAUACUU